AUGGACCGGGAGCACCGAAGGACAACCGGCAGCGGGUCAGCGACACCCGCCCGCGAUAAUCGGUACCGGCUCCGGCUCCGGACACCCGCCCCGGGACUCCUGGCGCCCUCCCCGGGUGACCGGUACCGGCUCCGGAUCCCUGACACCCGCCCCGGGUUCACCGGCAGCGGCUUCCGACUGCGGUCCCGCGUUCCCCGCUCGCGGCCCCGAACCCGGCGCGCGCUCCGAACCCCCCUGACAGCGGCCCGGUGCCGGUGCCGGUGCGCGGGCUGGUCGUGCCGGGCGGUUCUGGCCGAUGGCCACCAGCGCACGGUUCGCAGAGUGGCCUGGUCCCCCUGCGGUCAGUUCCUGGCCUCGGCCAGCUUCGAUGGCACCACCUGCAUCUGGAAACGGCAGCAGGACGGCUUCGAGGUGGUGGCCACGCUGGAGGGCCACGAGAACGAGGUGAAGUCGGUGGCCUGGGCGCCCUCGGGGUCACUGCUGGCCACCUGCAGCCGGGACAAGAGCGUCUGGGUCUGGGAGGUGGACGAGGAGGAGCAGGAGUUCGAGUGUGUCAGUGUGCUCAGCGCCCACACACAGGACGUCAAACACGUGGUGUGGCACCCCAGCCAGGAGCUGCUGGCCAGCGCCAGCUACGACGACACGGUGCGCCUGUACCGCGAGGACGAUGACGACUGGGUGUGCUGUGCCACCCUGGAGGGUCACACCUCCACCGUGUGGGCAGUGGCCUGGGAGCGCUCCGGCCAGCGCCUGGUGUCCUGCAGCGAUGACCGCACCCUGCGCGUGUGGGAGCGCUCGGAGCCCGGCCAGGGACACGGCAGUGGCACGGAGCCCAGCUGGAAAUGUGUGUGCACCCUGUCCGGGUACCACGGGCGCAGCAUCUACGAUGUGGCCUGGUGUCCCCUGACUGCUGUC